AUGGCAGACAUUAAACCUCCGUUCACGGAAGAAACCGCAAGAAAGAAGGUCAAGGUAGCCCAGAAUUUGUGGAAUACCAAGGAUCCUGUCCGAAUUGCUCAGGCAUACACACCAGAGUGUAUUUGGCGAAACCGAACCUCAUUCCUCUCGGGGACAGAAGGAAUAAUCGCCUUUCUGACAGCCAAAUGGAAUCGUGAACGGAGCUACAGAUUGCGCAAAGAACUCUUUUCUUUCACCGACGAUCGCAUCGCCGUACAGUUCUGGUACGAGUACCAGGAUGCAGAUGAUGAAAUGCGGUGGAAGCGAUGCUACGGGCUUGAAGAUUGGACUUUCGAUAGGGAAACUGGAAAGAUGCGCAAGCGAAUGAUGAGCGGGAAUGAUAUCCUUAUUGGACCUAAUGGGAACGGCGAGGGACGGUGGUUUGUAGACGGGGUGGAUGUCGAGGAUGUGGUGAUCGGGGAGGAACACUGGUGAUUGAUUCGAGGUGCGGCCUCCUUAACUGGGCUCUGAGUACGGAGUAUAAAGUGAUUAUUUCGCUGUCGGUUGGCAGUUAUUAUAGGACCAGUAUCGAGGUAUCUAAGGUCGUCUUGGAUUCCGGAGUACUACGCAUUUCCAAAUACGGUCGUUUCACUUUCAUGUGUAAUUGGAGCUGUGUAACACAGUCUUAGCUUUUAAAUAUGGAAUUCCUC